AUGCCGCAAUCGUGGUUACCCUCUCGCUCGUCCUCCUGCUGCUCGGCAACGUCCUCCUCGUUUAUCUCUGGCACUGAUUGCUCUUCGUGUCCACCUGACAGUACAAACCUUGUCGCGGAUGGCCCCGGUGCUCUGAAAUCGGGUCAUCAUCAGGAGCGCCGCCACCGCCACCAUCGCCACAAUCCUCCACUUCACUGCUCAGGUGAUAGGCAUGUUGCGCACGGCUGUGCAGUCAAUGACCCUUUCACUACAGCACCGCGGCGCGUACAGACGUCUGAGCACACGCGCUUUACCAGCAUUCUUGCCAGCGGCGGGCGGUGUGGAGAUAGUGCCGAGUCCGGCGCCGCGCCUGCAGGCCCUCGCGGUCGUGUCGAUGGUGGCUCGUCUCGCAUACAGGACGUUGCGUGGUGGAGGUCCUCUACGGUCGCUGCGAACAUCACGAUAGGGGCUGUGUCCCCAGCGUCUUGCGAUGUGCAUCCUUACUAUGCACUACCCAGUCCUACAUCCCCGCUACCACACCAACAGCGCGGCGCUGAUUUUUAUCGGGGCUGCCGGGACGUAGCGGCAGCGCAGCGAUACUCGACCCCUUCUCCUCUCCUGACCACCGCCUCUGGCACCCUCAUCGCAUCUCCGACGCCACUCCCACCCACUCACCCCCGCCGAUCAUCGUCGGCGCAGAGCCGCGCUUCGAACACGGUUUCCACGCACACCUCUGGUGGUACCACGCACACCUCUGGUGGUACCACGCACACCUCGAAGUCUCUCUUCGCGAGCAAAGGCGGUGGCGGCAACAGGGGCCUUGCGAGGCAUGCCGAGACGGACGGGGGCGUUCCCUUGCAGCCGUCGUGCAGCGCUUGCUGUGUCGCAAGGCCUACACGCUGUAAGACGCUGCGCCGCUCCUUUUCCUUCACCUCUGGGGUUCCGUCCGCAACGACCCCCGGCUACGAGGCGCUUCCACUCUCUCUCCACCGUGCGGCGUCUCCUCUCUCCAGUGUCAACGCAGCAACGGGUGCACUGCGCACUCUGCUGACCGGCGAGCGCCAGCACGAGCGGACUGCCUCCCUCGCCUCCUCAGUGCACUCCGCUUCGUCAUCGGUUCGCCCGUCAGUGCCCUUGCCGCCUUCGCACGUUGGCUUGGCCUCGAAUAUGAUGGCGGCUAUGUGGGUCGACUUGCCUCUUUCGCAGACGGGCAGCCGGUGCGCCACGCCGCUGAACAACAACGGAGAUGCGUAUCCACCACCGCGUAGGCGGCGCACGACGCCACGCCGCUGCUCCGGUCCCCCAAGCCCGGGGACCAGCACGCUGGCGGCCUCCGUUGCCUCCUCGUUCGACGGUGGCGGCUACAUGUCUUCGGUUGCCGGAGGCGCAUCCGGCAGCACGCGCCGCACACUGGUGACGGUCGGCACGCAGACGGAGAGCGACGCAGGCACCGCCAAGGGCGGUGGGACGCCGCCCAGCCUUUCCCGCCGUCUCUACUCAAGGUCCUUAUCGGGUUCUUACGCCACGGACGUCAGCGGCGGAAGGCACUACAGCGACGCUGCACACCAAUACAACUUUGAUUGCCCUUUGGAGAGUGAAGGGGUUGCUGCGAUCACGGCGACGUCAGUCUCUUCGACGUCGGCCGAGGUGUCGCCGCGUUCCUUGCUUGCGAGCGCAGCUGAGAUGCACCUUGACAACGUCGUGGAUCACGCGGCUCUUGGCGCUGAAGCGGUAGGGCGUGUGCAGCAGCACAUCGCAGUUGGUGACGUGGUUGCCACAGCGCCACACGCGCCAGAAUCUCUGCCCACUGAAGCGACGACGAAGGCCGACGACCCAAGUGAAGGUGGCAGCCCCUCAAACGCGCCGGCCAAGCCUCCAGGUACAACCUACGUGUACCAAACCUUGCGCGUGGAUGCGCCGCCUCUACGUGGAGGUACUAAAAUGGCUGCAGUUUCAGUGAGUGCUCCAGGGUCAUCUGCGGCAGAGAUGUGGUCGCCAGAGAGAGCUCUCAUGUUCCCCACGACGUCCUCCUUACCCACGCUGCACGUCCCGCUGCAGACAGGUUCGGUGCUCGCGGCGUCCCUGCAGCCCCAGGAGGGGGUACUGCCAGCAGUGGGCAUUCCUUCACCCACCCCUAAAGCGAGUAGUUCCGCCGAGGUAGCUGGGGAGAGUUCAUUGACGACAGGUGGAGGAGAAGGAUAUCACGGCGCCGUGAAAGGCAUGACGUCGGUAGACUGUGGGGCAACCGCAUCUCUGGCGAAAGAUGGUGGACCCUCGGCCCCUCAGCCUGUGGCAACCUCCGCGAGCGACGACGUUUGGCGACUUCGCGCAGAGCUGGCCGAAAUGCGCCUCCAGUACGAGCACGUUGUGCAGCAACUUCGACACAUGCAAGAGAGGUCUGUUGCUGCUGGCUCAGCGAACUCCUCCAUCGCGGUAGCGGCGCUGGAGGCAGGGCAUCCAACAGCAAAGGAAGCAGUGCUGAGCACCACCUCGACUUCGCUGCCAGCGGGAUCGGCGUCUUCGUGCUUGUCCUCAGUCUUCAUACCAAACCAUUCCGGUAUAGCUGAGAGCCCCGCGGUGGAUUCGGCGUCCUUCGUUUCAUCCAGCAGCGAAGGCAAUGCGACCGAUGCCGCGACGACGCUGGAUCACGUGCGAGAGGCCCUGCAGCGAACUCGAAAGCGUACAACUCACUAG